CUGACAACUCGCCAACAACACAGUUACAACUCACCACGAAAGGCAGAUACAGCAAUCUCCGUAACCGCCAUGUCUUCCUCCUCCAGCCUAAUCCCCGCCGAGGCCAUCGUCGGCACCACCGUUGCCAUGUCCUUCAUCCUCCUCGGCAACGCAAUUACCCAAUCCUUCAUGGGCGUCCCCGCCCUCCUCAUCGACUUCCCUCACCCUUCCUCCCCUUCCCACCCCCAAGCCGCCAAACACCUCGGCCAACAAUGGCCUGUCUUCUGGCGCGUCGGCAACGUCUUUUUCCGCCCCAUCUCCACCUUUGGCAUCAUCGGCUACGGCUACGCCGCCUGGGCCAGCUAUUCUCGCUCUUUUUUCUCCUCUUCCUCCUCCUACUCCACCACUAUCACCUCGGGCAGCAACAGCAACAACGCAUGGAAGUUUUACGCCAUUAGUGCCUUGUGUCAUUUGAUCACGGUUGUGCAUAGUGCGGUCAAUAUGCAGCCUAUCAAUGCCAAGAUUGAAGGGUUGAAUAGAAGAGAAGGGGACAAGAACAAGACGGACCCGGCGCUGGCCGAGUAUUAUGCUAGGAAGUGGGCGAGACUGAAUCUGGUGAGGCUGGUGAUGCCGGCGGUGGCGGGGAGUGUGGCGCUGUGGACUACGUUGAGGGCCGGUGCCGUGGGGAGGGUUUGAGGUUGUUAGUUUCCUUUGAGCGAAGGGAACUCGUAUGACUUCAGUUUGGGAGAGGCUGCAGUGGGAUGUGACGAGAGUUAAUUAUCAUUGGAACAGCGAGACAGGUUUGUUUCAAUAUUGGUUGAGAAGAGAAGGGAAGUGGCAGAGUUUAUGCUGUAGGCACAUGGGCAACAAACGAUCAUUAUGGGGGAUAAUCGGGAGUGUGUAAUCACAAUACUAGCUGUGCCUAAUGAUUGAAUCAGAAAUACCGUACGGUUUGGCGAAGACAACUCAAAGUUCAGACCAGUG